AUGGAAGUUGAGCGGAUAAAGCAAGAGUUGGAUACCGAAGAGCUAUGCUUGCGAUACGACAUGUUGAACGAGAAUGACAGCAUCGCGAAUCUUGCCUCGGCCGAUGCUGGGCUGGUGAUGGCUCACAUGAAAUGCUUCGCAGUCAAUAGCGUAGAGGAGCGGUAUGAGGAGCUGUUACGCCGCCGGUGGGAUGCUUGGUAUCCGGCCGUGGCUCCACCAACUCUUGAGGCCACGGCUGCGGAACGGGCGUGGCUCAUCAGCUCACGCAAACAGUUUGCGCUGGUCUUCGCGAAGCAGCAGUACGAUGCCUCGCACAAGAGCCGCGACGGAAUGGACACGGUAACGGACGCGUGGCUCGAUCAGCUGAGAGAGGAAGCCAGGAGACAUCAUGUCAUUGCUCGAUAUCAACACGUGUACGGUCAGUCUGCCGCCCUUUGCAUCGAAGGUCUGGCUCGGAAAGAUGCGAGUGUGCCCACUGCGAAUUGCGCACUAGGCGCCGAUUUCGAUGAGGAGAAUGUUGCAGAGGUGGUGGAUAUCUUGACGGCAGACUGGCGCCCAAGACUGGCAUGGAUCCCCGGUGUAUAG